GUAGAUCCAUCGGUAGUUGCAAGCCAAGCUGUAACCACAAGUAAAUGGGAUAUGUUAGAGAAUGGCAAGGAUGAUGACGAGUACGAUGCGAUGAAAAGGAACGAUGACGAAGAGGAUAUCGAUGGUGAGCCGAUUGAUGGCACGACGAAUCAAGGGAGUGAGGAUGGUGAAUGUCUGGAUGAUGAGGACGAUGGCGAUAAUGAGAUCGAUAACGACUCUGAUAGAUUCAAAGCUAUUUCCAGAGUGGAUUCGAGAGAUUCAAGCAGUUUUGCAGCAUCAAGAGGUGCACUCUCGGGACGUUUGGAUGAACAGCGACGGAAAAUACUUCGUGAGAUUGAGGUGCGUGCUUGUUGA